CCCGUGCCCUGGUUGGCCUGAGACAGCGCGGAAGCGGGGAGUUAAAGAGUCUGUGCCUGUCGUGGGAGCUUGCCCGGCACCGUCGGGAGCGCCCUGGAGUCGCUUUGGGGGGGGGGCUUCCUUUUUAUACACACAACUAGGCUUUUCCGACCCUUUGGGACCCCCGUGGAUUGCAGUACGCCAGUCUUCCCUGUCUUCCAUCAUCUCCUGGAGUUUGCUCAAACUCAUGUCCAUUGAGUUGGUGAUGCUAUAAAUAACUGUUUAGUAACUGCAGUUUGCUGGUUUUUCCUCUGUGCUAUGGGAGAUGUCAAAGAAUCAAAAAUGCAAAUAACACCGGAAACUCCAGGAAGGAUUCCUGUUUUAAAUCCUUUUGAAAGUCCUGGUGAUUAUUCUAAUCUCCAUGAACAAACUGUCUCCAGUCCUUCUGUUUUUAAAUCGACAAAAUUACCAACUCCAGGGGAAUUUAGAUGGUCUAUUGAUCAACUAGCUGUAAUAAAUCCUGUAGAAAUAGACCCAGAGGACAUUCAUCGUCAAGCUUUAUACCUAAGUCGUUCUCGAAUAGAUAAAGAUGUGGAAGACAAAAGACAAAAAGCCAUUGAAGAGUUUUUCACUAAGGAUGUCAUCGUACCCUCUCCUUGGACUGAUCAUGAAGGGAAACAGCUUUCAGAGUAUCAUUCCAGUAAAUGUAUCAACACAAAUAAUGAAUCUCCAGUUGGAAGAACGCUGACCAUCCAUUCUGAGAAAAGCAAUGCUGCUUGCCAGACAUUGCUGUCUCUUCCUGUGGAUUUUAAUUUAGAAAAGAUAUUAGGUGACUAUUUUAGAGCUGAUGAAUUUGCAGAUCAGUCUCCUGGAAACCUCAGUUCUUCAUCCCUCAGAAGAAAGCUCUUUUUAGAUGGCAACGGAAGUAUCUCUGACUCCUUACCUCCAGCUUCUCCCAGAAGUCCUCGUAGUGGUGCCCAGACGUCACUUGAGGUUUUUUAUUCAAUAGAGUUAUCUCCUGUGCAGUGUAGGAGCCCUGUGCAGACCCCGAGUUCGAUUCUUUUCCCAUAUAAGUUAUUACGAAAUAUCGAGUAUAGUUCCCUGUGCUAUACAGGGCAGUUUUCUUCUAGCCCUAUUCAGGAUAGUGCAAAAAGAUACAGUUUGGGAAGCAUCACCAAUCCUUCACCAAUUUCUUCACCCACUUUCUCACCAGUUGCGUUUCAAAUAGGAAAGACACCACUCUCAGAACAAAGGAAGUUUGCUUUUCAUUCUCCUGAUGCUUCAUCUGGAACCAAUUGUAAUGGGAUUACCAAUCCAUAUAUCAGAAGUCCUUACAUAGAUGGCUGCUCACCAAUUAAAAAUUGGUCUCCUAUGAGACUGGAGAUGUGCAGAGGAGGUGCCCAGUAUCGGACUUCACUGAUUCGAGUCCCUUGCACUCUUGAGGCUCGUAGUGAAGAUGAAGAAGACCAGGCAGCUGUUCCUUCCACAGACGCCUCAGCCCCAGCCAUGGGCAUGGCUGGAGUGCACCUGCCGCAGUUGGGCGGUGACACGUCUCCGUGCGGCGCACACUUGGUGGUGACCGCCAUGUCUAUUACCCAGAGCCAGUCUGGAGCUUCUGAGAAAGAACUGGAACUGCUGCAGGAUGUGGAGAGUGAGAAGAAGAAUAACACUGUGGACAUGGUCGAUCCCAUCGAGAUGGCCGAUGAGACCACCUGGAUUAAGGAGCCAGUUCAUAAUGGGAAUUUACCCGUGACAGAUUCCGUGAGCGGGAUUGCUUUCAGUAUUGAAAACUCUCACAUGUGCUUGUCACCUCUCGCAGAAAGCAGUGUCCUUCCCUGUGAAAGCAGUAACAUUCAGAUGGAUAGUGGCUAUAAUACACAGAAUUGUGGAAGCAAUAUUAUGGAUACAGUUGGAGCAGAAAGUUACUGCAAAGAAAGUGAUGCACAAACCUUGGAAGUCGAGAAUAAAUCUCGAGUGUUUAAUACAAAGCAAGACCACUCAAUGCAAAGGUGUUGGAUGAAAACUUCAAACCUGCCUCAAUGCAGCAGUCCUUAGGAUACCUCUCUCAGAACCAAAGACUAUCACUGGACAGCUCCUCAUAUUUUUUAUGCUGGGAUCAAUAAUGUGAUCAUGAUUGGGGAAAAAACUGCUUCAACUAACAUGCUGAGCUUUUUUCUUUCCCUCCUUAAUGUGAAAAAUCAAGGGCUUAAUUCAGUGACACAGAAACAACAGAAAAGCUCCUGGAACUUUCAACAAGUUACUUCAGUACAGGUUCAUUUUAUUAUCAAUAAAUAUUUUUAUAUUGA